AUGCCGCACGUUUGCAGUGCCUUUCAGGCCGCUGGAGCCACCGCACCCAAUGCUGCGGGACCUCCCAACGAGAUGGCAGAGGCAGCCUCGCAAUGGGCACGGCAUGCGGCGUUCACGGCCUCCAAAGCAGCGCAGGCGGCGCAAUAUGCGUCCCAACAGGCGCAAAUGGCAACGAACUCCGCGCAAAAUGCAGUUGCACAGGUGAGCUACUUGAUGAACAAUCCCGACUUGAGAUCGGCCUCUGCGGCCAGCCUCGUGGACGAGUCCGGCAGUCUGUUGGGUUCACCGGCCCUGCUCUUGGCUGCCUGCAGACAGGUGCUGACAAGCACUGGCCGCAGGCGGAAAGGGAAGUUAGACAACUUCAUAUGA